CGAAUAGCACAUUUAGAUCCCAAAUUACCUUCCUGGAUAUUCACAUCUUGGACUUGAUACCAAGCUUGCCUUUACCUUUACGCCACAACAACUGAAACCUUUAUCAUGGAGGGCCGUUGUCAGUGUGGAGCUGUUCGAUUUACGGCACCCCUCCCAGCACCUCGCAAGAUAUACGUUUGCCACUGUACGGAAUGCCGUCAUCAGUCUUCAUCUUAUUGUGGUAUAACGGCUGUCUUUCCAUGGUUUGAGAUACCAAUGGUUAACUCGGAUGGUACCGCGAAGAUCCGUAUUUAUACUCGAAGAACCCUCAAAGGUAGAGAACUGGAGUGUUUAUUCUGCGUGUCCUGUGGAUCACGGCUCAUACAUCGCACUCAUGGGGAGAGUACUCUAAACGUGAAAGGUGGUUGUCUGGAGGCCUUGACGCAGGAAAUGAUGUCUACCGCUGUACAUAUUUGGUGCAAAGAAGCAGUGAUGGAGAUUCCAGCUGGCAGAGAAUGUUGGAAUGAGGAACCUGAAGAAUAGAUAAUCCAAUUCGAGGAGUAGAAUGGGAUGAUAUUCGAUUUCAUACCGUAAUGGGUGUAAAAGUUAGAGUCUGAUUUAUGAUUGGAUGUUCAUGCUGCCAGGAAGAUGGGCUGCGCCAACUUUGGUCUGUCUAUCACCACUCAACCCCCAACUUCUUUCAGCUGAUGAGACUGUGUUGUCUAUUUAUUUCUGUCACUUGGUUUUCUUGAUCUUUGAAAUAGAUUUCUCUAGUAUGGCGCAGUAUUGAUUAUGAAAUGUGAAGCACCAUCUGGGUUGCAUGCCUCCUACAGUGAUGGAGACGAGCGACCGACAAAAGUGCGAUUAUCACUUUCAACACGAUAUCAGUCACAAUGCGCACUAAAACAACAGCCAGAACAAGACGAAAUUCUCUAUCAAGCGCACCAAGAUAAACGCUCACGCUGUAUGCAUCUAGGGGCAGCUAUUUUAUGAUAGGAUCUUUAUCCUCGG